UCCCUCCUUCUAAUUCAACAGAUGCAGUUUAUGUUGCUUUUUAGUCGCCAGGGGAAACUGAGACUCCAGAAGUGGUAUGUCCCAUUAUCUGACAAAGAAAAGAAGAAAAUCACAAGGGAACUUGUUCAAACAGUAUUAGCCCGCAAACCGAAAAUGUGCAGCUUCUUGGAAUGGAGAGACCUGAAGAUUGUCUACAAAAGAUAUGCAAGCCUCUACUUCUGCUGUGCUAUUGAAGAUCAGGACAAUGAACUAAUAACUCUGGAAAUAAUUCAUCGCUAUGUAGAACUUCUUGACAAGUACUUUGGCAGUGUGUGUGAACUUGAUAUCAUCUUCAAUUUUGAAAAAGCCUAUUUCAUUCUGGAUGAGUUCCUUUUAGGAGGGGAAGUUCAGGAGACUUCCAAGAAAAAUGUUCUCAAAGCCAUUGAACAGGCAGAUCUUUUACAGGAGGAAGCAGAGACCCCACGUAGUGUACUUGAAGAAAUUGGAUUGACAUAGAUCUUCACUUCAGCUGAUGACAUCUCAGUGUUUCAUACUGUAAAUGUUCACUGCCUUCAUUGUAAUGUUUAGCUAAUGGUGUAAGAUGCUGUUUGUCAGUAUUACUGUUUUGCUAAGCUGCUUCAUUCAGGCCUACAAGCAAAAUGCUCCUUUGAAAAGGGAACAAGAAACUAAACUCCAAAAAACACAAAUGAAAGGGAAUUAGAUUUAAAUCGACUCAGUGUCUCCCUUCACUGCAUUUACAGGAAAAUUGCGUUUGACUUCAGUAAGUGUACUGUUUUUUAUAAGCAAACUUGACUUCAGGAAAUAAAUGCAUCAUUAUGACACAGCAUAUCUAACUGAAAAGAAACUACAUGGACAACUCCAAAUAUGAAAUGUUAUGGUGUAGAAAUUGUGUUUAUGCAACCAAAGACUUCUGUUCAUCUACAUUUUAGUUGCCACGUGUGACAAUUCUGCUUAUUUCAGUUGAUGCAUAAAGAUUAGGAAUACCUGUUUACUACUGAAUUUGUCAUUAUACCAAAGAAUCCUGUUAGGAUCUGCAUAUCAAACUGGUAAAACUGUUAAGGUGAAUACUGCUUUUUGCAAGGAAACUGCAAACUGAUCAACUUGCUAGAAAUGAAAGGUGUAUUUAAGUGUAGCUACCUUGAGCAAAACUCUGCAAGUUACUAUACUAAAAAGGGAAUGCAUGUAGUAAAAAAGAAAAAAAAAAAUCCAAGAUAAGGAAACUAUUUUUUAGGUCUGAUACUAGCUUGCUCUGAGCAUAAAGCUGGGAAAGGACAUAGGCUUACCCUUUAUAGAGGGGUUCAUGAUGAAAAUUGGAUACUUUUGAAGGUGGGAAAGGAGGAGCUUUACAAAAGGGAAUUUUUAUUGUUUUCUUUCAAACUCUACAAAUUAAUUUGUAUUUAUUGGUGUUUUAUAAUUAUGCUUUGAUGGGUGUAUAGGCACCUUUAAAAAAAAAAAAAA